CCGGCUGGCGACGCUGCCUCGUCCGGACUUGGCGAGGACUUGGGAGGGACAGCCGCGUUGGGAAGUGGCUUAGCGGAGACUUUCCAGCAACCGCUGCCCGGGACUCUUUCCCUCCCACCCCUCGUCCCCCUUUUCCCAGGAGGCGGCGACGGCGGCGGCGGGGGUAGAGGAAGAGAAGGAAGCCUCCAGCUUGAGCCAGUGCAGCCCGUUGGCUCUCUGGGAGGAGCGUCCCUGCCCCGAUAAGCCCCCGCCGUGCGUCCCCGACCGUCCCCCGGCGGGAGUUGGGCACCCAGCCCAGCCCCGAGGAUCGCUCCUGCUUUGCCGGUAGGGAUAGGAUGUGGUGAAAGAAUGGGGCUUCUCCCUCCCGGGGCUCACAAUGGCCAGAGAAGAUUCCGUGAAGUGCCUGCGUUGUCUGCUCUACGCGCUCAAUUUGCUGUUUUGGUUAAUGUCCAUCAGUGUGUUGGCAGUUUCUGCUUGGAUGAGGGACUACCUGAAUAAUGUUCUGACUUUAACUGCAGAAACAAGGGUAGAGGAAGCUGUCAUCUUGACUUACUUUCCUGUGGUUCAUCCGGUCAUGAUUGCUGUUUGCUGUUUCCUUAUCAUUGUGGGGAUGUUGGGAUAUUGUGGCACGGUGAAAAGAAAUUUGUUGCUUCUUGCAUGGUACUUUGGAAGUUUACUUGUCAUUUUCUGUGUAGAACUGGCUUGCGGUGUUUGGACAUAUGAGCAGGAAAUUAUGGUUCCAGUACAGUGGUCGGAUAUGGUCACUUUGAAAGCCAGAAUGACAAAUUAUGGCUUACCUAGAUACCGGUGGCUUACUCAUGCUUGGAAUUUUUUUCAGAGAGAGUUUAAGUGCUGCGGAGUGGUGUAUUUCACCGACUGGUUGGAAAUGACUGAGAUGGACUGGCCCCCAGAUUCCUGCUGUGUUAGGGAAUUCCCAGGAUGUUCUAAACAGGCCAACCAGGAAGAUCUCAGUGACCUUUAUCAAGAGGGCUGUGGGAAGAAAAUGUAUUCAUUUUUGAGAGGAACCAAACAACUGCAGGUGCUAAGGUUCCUGGGAAUCUCCAUUGGAGUGACACAAAUCCUGGCCAUGAUUCUCACUAUUACUCUGCUCUGGGCUCUCUAUUAUGACAGAAGGGAGCCAGGGACAGACCAAAUGAUGUCCUUGAAGAAUGACACCUCUCAGCACUUGUCAUGUCACUCAGUAGAGCUGUUAAAACCUAGCCUGUCUAGGAUCUUUGAACACACAUCCAUGGCCAACAGCUUUAAUACACACUUUGAGAUGGAGGAAUUAUGAAGAAUGUCAAAGAAGGAAACCAGAAACUUGUUUUACUGGACUUGUGAAUUUUUGAGCACAUACUUAUCUGUUUCGGAAAUGUAUAGAAAUAAAAGUGUCCCGUAAAGGAA